AUGUCAACUCUCUUUCUAGUUCUCACAGAGUGUCUUUUGCUUUCACAAAAUCAACACUGCUUUUUGGCCAUGAGUUUCAUGGCUUCAAUAGACACUAGAGAACUUAAAAAGGCAUUGUCUUCUAAAAUAGUAUCUAAUAGUUUACUAUACUGUAUUAAGGGUAUAAAAUUUUUAUUUAAUAAAAUUCUAUAA